GAGGGCACAGACCAGUAGUGCCGCGGCCUCUGACGCGGGACUUUCGUUUUUCAGUUUCACAAUAAUAUUGUAUGUUCUUCACGCGACUAGACGCCUGCAAAUGCCGCCGCGUGUCUUUUGUUAUUAAUUUCCAAUCGGAAAUUAAAAAAUGCCGCGAAUGUCGUGAAAGGUUCAGUUUUAUUCAUGAUCUAAUAGUACUAAUAAUACUUUUAAUAAUCAAACGUUUCGCUCCCUCUAACAACAGAUGUGAUCACCUCGAACCCUGUCUACUGUUUGUUUAGUUGACAAGAGUUUUUUCAGUUGUCUUCAAUAAGCGGAAGUUGUAUUUUAAGAAAAUAGAAAUUUUAUCAGUGCCUAGUGACAAAAUAAUAGUGUUGUGAAGUGAAAUUUCUGAAUAUAAAGUUCAGAUUUAUUUUUCUCUGGAGUUUCAUAUUAUUGUUAUUUAAAAAGAAGGUGCUACCUGCCUGUGUACUUUGGGUUUUAUACCAGAGAAGGAAGAGGAAUUCCUUUGUCCCGUGGACCAGGCGAAAGAGAGAGAGAGAGGAAAAGGGAGGAGACUAACACACGCGGUCGUGUUUCAAGAAGUUUUUCAAGACUUGAGAACCUUUUGAAGAAAGGUACACCAUCAGGCAAAACGCACUUUACGUCUCUCCUCGGUGAAUGUCCGUCUAAGUGCGCGAGAGUUGCAAGAGGGCAACAACCACGCCGCGGUCAGAGACUCAAGGCCACCUUUGAGAACCACUCGACCCACGCUGUUCUUCAGUAUAUUUCUACUCCGAAAAAAGUACACCUCACUUCCGGAGUUAUGUGUUAAAUAUUUCUUAAUAAAGAAUAAAAACGAAGACUAUUUUUUUUGGCAAGUUAAAUUUAAAAAGCAGAAUGCAGAAACAGGAAUUGCCUGAUGCUAUAAUGAUGUUGGUUAAGGCAGCUGUUCUCACAGCUGCUUUGGCCCAAAUACUUGGGCCUGUGAUGGCAAAUAAACCUGGACAUGCUUAUUUUGAACAACCUUGCUGUGGCCAUUCACAUCUCAGGCAUCAUAAAGAGCAUGUACGUGAAUUCAGCUGUGGGAUGCUGUACUACAGAACUCUUUACCUGGACAGUAAAAAGGAUGUUCUCUACGUUGGAGCAAUGGACAAGGUCUUCAGGCUCAACCUGAGUAAUAUCAGCCAUUCCAACUGUGAGAGAGAUGCUCUAAACUUGGAACCGAGCAAUGUUGCAAAUUGCGUUUCAAAAGGAAAAUCAGAGCACUUCGACUGUCGAAAUCAUAUUCGAGUGAUACAACCUAUCGGUGAUGGGAACCGAUUUUACGUCUGCGGCACAAACGCUCACUCACCAAAGGAUUGGGUGAUUUACAGUAAUCUUACUCAUCUGCCUAGAAAUGAGUUUGUACCAGGUGUUGGAACAGCAAUUGCGAAGUGUCCUUAUGAUCCUGCGGACAACUCGACAGCAAUUUGGGUCGAAAGGGGAAAUCCAGGAGAUUUGCCAGGUCUUUAUUCUGGCACCAAUGCGGAAUUUACUAAAGCCGAUACUGUUAUUUUCCGAACGGAUCUGUACAAUUUGACGACGAGACGAAAGGGUUACAAUUUCAAGAGGACGAUCAAGUACGACUCAAAAUGGCUGGACAAACCUGAUUUUGUUGGUUCGUUUGACAUUGGCCAGCAUGUCUUCUUUUUCUUCCGAGAAACCGCAGUCGAGUACAUCAAUUGCGGAAAGAGUGUCUAUUCACGUGUAGCUAGACUAUGCAAGAAAGACACCGGUGGAAAAAAUAUUCUCGGGCAAAAUUGGGCGACCUACUUAAAGGCAAGAUUGAAUUGCUCCAUUCCUGGCGAGUUUCCUUUCUACUUCAAUGAAAUUCAGAGUGUGUACAAAGUGCCAGGAGAUGAUACGCACUUUUAUGGCACUUUUACAACCUCAACGAACGGUUUAAUGGGUUCUGCCAUCUGUUCAUUCCACAUCGAUGCCAUUCAAGAUGCCUUCCGUGGAAAGUUUAAAGAACAGGCAACCAGUAGUAGCGCGUGGCUUCCUGUUUUAUCAAACAAGGUUCCUGAGCCAAGACCCGGUCAAUGCGUCAAUGACACAGAGACACUUCCGGAUACUGUUCUCAACUUCAUUAGGUCACAUCCGCUCAUGGACUCGGCGAUAUCGCACGAGAAUGAGAAACCCGUUUUCUACAAGAGGGACGUCAUGCUCACUCGACUUGUGGUCGAUAAAUUGCGUAUCGAUUUUGUUGGAAUGGAUUUGGACUACACUGUCUACUAUGCCGGUUCCAGCGAUGGAAGAGUACAUAAAGUGGUUCAAUGGGUUGAUAGUAAUGGUGAAUCGCAAUCGAUUCUCCUUGAUGUGUUCGACGUUACUCCAGGGGAACCAAUUCAAGCGAUGGAAAUAUCGAAGGAACACAAAGCCAUUUACGUGGCGUCUGAUCAUCGAAUAAAGCAAAUCGAUUUGGUAAUGUGUUCCCGUCGCUAUGACAAUUGUCUUCGAUGUGUUCACGAUCCUUAUUGCGGUUGGGAUAAGGAUACAAACACCUGUAAACCCUACGCUCCCGGACUUUUACAGGACGUGUCGAAUAGUACGGCCGAUGUUUGCGACAGCAGUGUGGGCAAACGGCGACUUGUGGUGACGUGGGGUCAAUCGGUGCAUCUCGGUUGUUUUGUGAAGAUGCCAGAGGUUCUUGAGAACCAGGAGGUCAGAUGGUAUCAUUACAGUAAAGAGAAGGGAAGGUAUCAGAUAACGUACAAGUACGGCUCGGGUGGCGAGAAAUUCAUCGAGACGUCAGAAAAGGGUUUGGUUAUUGUUGGUGUUAAUGAUCAGGACGCGGGAAGGUACGACUGCUGGCUCGGAGGUGCUCUUCUUUGCUCCUACAAUAUUACCGUUGACGCCCAUAGAUGUUCGGCACCUGCCAAGUCAAAUGACUACCAGAAGAUUUACUCCGACUGGUGUCACGAAUUUGAAAAGUACAAGUCGGCUAUGAAGAGUUGGGAGAAAAAGCAAGCGCAAUGCGCGUCGAGGCAAAACGACAGCAACCAAAAUCUACAUACAAACGAAGUAUAUGGAACGCCUCUAGUGUGAUGAAGUCGAGCGCUAGAUCCGUCGUCGAUUCGAGAUGACGACUCGAUAAUUCGUAUAAGCAUCCUACCGGCGAAUCAUGGUCCAAGUGUAUUCGGAUCGAGAGGUACGGAACUCUUGCUGACCGCCUGCAGCUACGUUUAUCAUCGUCUCUUACGACCAGACAUUCGCUAAGUAAAUUAAAAUAUUAGCCAAUAAGAAUUUAAACGAAUGAUCACUUGGAAUCAAGUGCCACGGUGCUCGGAUGUUAACUUUCUUUCUUUCAAAUUUUUUUUUUAUUUUUGCUUCUUGUAAAUAUCUCGAAGGGGAGACUUCGCUUCGGCAACGAUGCGCGAGCACCAGUGGAUGCCAAAGUAAGUGUUCUUAAGGGCAAAAGGCAGCGAAGACAUGGAAUCUAAAAAUCAAUGUCACCGUUUCCUUAUCGCUAUUAAAACACGGGACGUAAAUGUUUUUCCCCUAAAGAAAAGAAGAGUUUUUUUCAAACCUGUGAUAGUAAUAUUAGCGAUUAGGAGUCGUUGACGAUUUUUUUAAGGAAUGUCCUGCUGGCGCCCUCUCUCGGAGAGAAACAAGGCAGAAAACAAUCAAGAUUUGCGUGAUUUCCCCGGGAAAUGUCUCGUAUAUUACGUAUUUAAAAAAAUAGUUUCUAAGCAAUUGGUUAAGCGGCAAGAACUUAAAAAAGAACGAGCACCUGAAUAAGUCUCGGACAUGCUAAAUCACAGAGGUUACAUAUGAGAUUAAUAUUAAUGAAUUCGUUAUUAAAAAAAUGCGCGACGGUUGAGUCCCUCGAUUUCCAUCUUUAAUUAAUUUUAUUUUCCCAACUAAAAUAUCAAAACUCGCGGGCUGAGUGUUAUUUUUCUUUCAGUCGCGCUUCCAUUUCUUCCUUUUUUCCGUUCUAUCAUCUCUUUAUUAUUAAAUGAUAAUUAAAUUAAUUUUAUCUCAGAAUUGACACUCGAAGGUGCUACACGGCAAUCGAAAUAAAGUCCAUAUCGAUUUUUAAAAAACAAAAUCUGCGGACAUUCAAGUAUAAUUGUACAUAACGAAUUAAGAAAAAAAAUUCACGUGUACACUUUGUAGGUAACUUUAUAAUAUAAGUGUAGAUUCAUGUUCGCUUAUUAGUUACUGAUUUCCGACAUGUUUGAUCUCGGAAAAUUACUAAGUGAACCAGAUUGCGAUUAUUCCGCAACAUUUGCUGAAUUACGAUAAUAAUUCCCAGUUGGAUUUUUGAUUUACUUGAUCACUCUUAAUUCAAAAAAAUUUUUAUUCAGUUAUACUAAAUUUCUACAAAAUAAAAGAGUGAUGGAAGAAAAUCAAUGAAUUUCGCAAAGGAAAGUAGAGAGGUCAUGACACCUUUCUGUGAAUUUUUUUUUCCUUAUUAAAGCAGUGAUAGAAUUCUUGCCCAAUAGAUUUUUCAUGUAAAUAAUUAUAAAAAACGCGUGUGGAGGCAAAUUUUUUAUUUUCUUCAAAAACGCUCGGCAGAAUUUUCGCCCGCGCAGAGCGUUCUUUUCGGGCGAUCGAGGGUACCACAUAAUAAUGUCUAAUAUUCUAGGAAAAAAAACAUGUAAUUCAUUAAGUUCUGUACAAAGUCGUUCUCCAUAUGAAUUAACAUAAGAUUUAAUUUUAUACUUCGAUAGUUAUGAUGCGUGCGAACGAAUGAAAUAGAAAACCGGAAAAAAUAUGUGUAAAUGUUGAAAAUAAUUGGUAAACUAAUUCUUGAAUAUGUACUUAUUGCGAGCUUCAAAAAAAAAAAAGUAUUGAAUAGUAUUAUAAGGUAAGAAACGAUUCUUUUUAUUUAAGGACUAAUAGGCCCAUUUUCGAAUUUAUUUUUUUUUUUGCGUAUAUUUAAAAAUAAAGCUCGACUCAUGAAGAAAAAUCCAACGACUGAAAUUACAUAAAAGAAAUAGAAAAUGCGCGUGAUUAAAAAUAGAAAUGACAUUUAAAGUAGAAUUGACUAAAUACUAAACUUAAAGAAAAUAGAAAUGACUAUAAAAAUGAUAUUGAAUCUAAGGAACUGCUUGAAACAGAAAUGAAUUUAAAAAGUGAUGCAUUUUCAUAUCACUGUAAAUUUUCUUUUAAUUCACCUAGUGAAUUAAAUAAUAAAAUCACGUGAUCCUAAUCGAAUGAUUAGUUUGAUACAAAAUUAACCGGUAAAAGUUUCUAUAAUCUCGACUAUUGAUAUGCAUUACUGAAAAAUAGGAUAAAUUUCAUAGAAAAGGGCAAGAAACUCAGAUAAAAAAUUGGAUAAUAAAAAAAAUUAUUUGGAAUGAAAGAGAAGUAUCUCGAAGAUUUGUGCACGCAUAAACAUGUAAUCUGUGAAAAGUGGUACGUGUGUGGAACGAAUCUAUAGAUGACGGAUUUGGUCAACUGUCGUGCUCACUUUUCUUUCUAUAAAUUCAAAUUUUAUGAUUCUAAUUGCUAAUUAAAGUGAUCAAAUCAGAUUAUCAAGUCCGCCCUCUUAUUAUAUUAUAUAAUAAAGUAAUUAAAAACACAUCCUUUUAUUGCUGAGAGCUCAACAUUUAGAUUUUUGUUAUAAAAAAAAAAGAUAAAAUUGUAAAUGAAAAAGAGAACUCAAUUUACUCUUGUAUGUCGAGCUUUCAGAGAAAGGGUCGAUGUGAUUACAGAAAAGCAAUCUAAGAUGAAACCCUAAUGUUGUUAGACCUAUUAUUUAUAAGAUUACUAAAUACUGUAUGUUAUUUCCUGAGCGGUUGGCGCAACGGAACGUCGAAUAUUCCCAGACUAUUGCUAUCGAUCGUCAAAGAGCAAUGUAUUCAAACUUCUGGUUUCAUAUUUACUAUUUUAUCUAUAGAACUGUUUUUAAAAAUCGACUUUUUUUCUUACUUUUUAUAUAAAAAUUUAAAAAAAAAUUAUUGUAAAUUAGGGGAUCUUAUUCCGUAGCGUCAAUCGAAGAACAAAUUAGGCUAGCUCGGUUAGUGUGCGCGGUAUGAUAUUUAAAAAAUGGGUUACUGCCGUAAAAAAAUGACUUAUUACGAUAAAGAUGAAAGAAUAUAGCUGAUAACGACUUAUUAAAUAUAUCAUUAGAACUAGCCGACUAAAAAUUAUGUUAAAUUUUCCUUUUUGAAUAUUUGACACAUUUUAUUUUAUACAUCAUCAUCAUUAUCAUCAUCAUCAUCAUCAUCAUCAUCCCUAGGGUUUGCAAUACAUUUCAUAUUUGAUUAAAUUCUCGUUUCUCUAUGUCUUUUUAUAAUCCCUUCAAACCUUUUUCAUAUAAUUUCAAAUUUGUUCAUUUUCAUUUUCAUCCACGAUGAUCAAUUUUAUUACCAAUUCAAUAGAGGGAUUUUAUUACGUUUAUAAACUGAUAAUUUACACCGUGGCACUCGUCGAUCGAAAAACUCUUUUAUUUCUUCAUCCUCGAUAACAUGAACGAGGGGGGAGGGAAGAGGAUUCAAAUUGUGAUUCGUGAAAAUCGCAAAGCAUUCCGUGCACGGGAAUUCAAUUUUGUUCGAUCGCAUAAAAAGAAUGUCUCACAUCGCUCAAAGAAAAUUUCAUGGAAAUGCAAAACGCGCAUACUUGACUGAAAUCUUAAAAACAAAAAAAAAAAAACAUUGAACGUUGUGAUAAAUGCCGCAUUGACCAAGGACAUUUAAUCGCUCACAUAUCGCGAUGACAAAGAUGACAAAAUUGGGGAAAUUUUCAAAAAUUUCUAUUCACAACUCUUGAAAAGUUAAGUUAAAAGUUGAAAAAAGUUUUUUACGUUAUUCGUUUUAAUUUUAAUAUUCGUUUCGCUUUUACUCUCAGUUUUCCCUUUUAAUACUGGCAUUCAUUUAGCUUUUACUUUUUCACCUUGAUUUUUCUAUUCUUUAGCCUUUGGACAAUUACUUUUUAUUUCUUUGAAUAAAAAAAAAAAGAAAAAAAACAGUAUUGGAAGAAAAUUUCUCUCUCCGAUUCCACAUUCAUACGUACUUUUAUUUUUCAUUUCUCAUUAUUAUGCGACGUUAUUAUUUUUUUUUUAUUAUUAACAAAAUAAUGAUGCAACGAGUAUUUUUCAUUUUGAAAAUAUCUUGCAUUAAGAAAAACCCUUUUUAGAUAUUCCUCUAACUACCUAAACAUCCAAUCGCUAUUUUUAUCAAAAGAAAACAUGUUAAAAA